AUCUGUAACUGUUUAUUCAGGAAUUUAUUGAAGCCAUUGGAUUUGUUACUGGAAGCUUUAUGACUGGUAUGUCACCCUUGGCAGGAGACCAUCUUCCGGCUGGACUUGUUUUGAUUUACUUGGAGCAUGACGUCCCCAAUGCAGCAACAUCUGGACAUCACCUGGAGCUUGCAUAUGUAUUACAUACUUCAGGCUCAACUGGAAGACCAAAGGCAGUUAAAGUACCUCAUCAGUGCAUUGUGCCAAAUGUAAUUGACAUCAGGGAGAAAUUUUCUAUUCAGUGUGAUGAUGUUGUUCUGAUGUGCGCUCCAUACACGUUUGAUCCAAGUGUUGUUGAGAUGUUUAUGACUCUAUCAAGAGGAGCAUGUUUACUGAUUGUACCUGAUGAGGUAAAAGCUGCUCCCAAACACUUAGCAGAUGUGAUCACCAGACAUAAAGUGACUGUAAUCCAGGCAACUCCGGCUUUGUUUAAUCGGUUUGACCAGAGUUAUAUAGUUAACAAGUUGCUUGGAAUUGGUUCAAAGCUUCGUGUAGUUGCUUUUGGAGGAGAACAAUGCCCAACCUUGGCAACAUUAUGUCAUUGGAAGCAUUCUGAUAACAAGACUCGUAUAUUUAAUCUGUACGGGAUUACUGAAGUGUCCAGUUGGGCAACAUGCUAUGAAUUGACAAAUGAAGAUUUGGAGUUUUUCAGAAAGAGACGUGUACUAGACAGCAAGUCUACAGUGUCAUGUAAUGUUCCUCUUGGUUUUCCUUUGACUGACACCCUGCUGGAAGUAAGAAAAGGAAAAGUAAAGAUAAGCAGUGGUGAAGGAGAGCUAUGGAUAGGUGGAGAGAAGAGAGUUUGCUUGCUAAAUGAUGAACAAGUUAUAGUAAAUGGGACAAUGCGUUUAUCUGGAGACAUUGUUUUUAUUUGCGAGGGAAAAACUUUGUAUUAUGUGGGCAGGAAAGAUAACCAAGUAAAAAUCAAUGGACGCAGAGUUAACCUGGAAAAUUUGGAAACGACUUUGUGUGAGCUGCCUGCUAUUCAGAGUUGCAAAUUACUUGUCAGAUCUACUGCUUCACGCCAAUGUUCCUUACUAGUGUGUGUUGUGCUGAAUUCAGAUUUUCGUACGUCAAAAGAUGUAGUGGACAGCAGCAUUAUUAAGCAGAUGGCUCAAGAUUGCUUGCCUUUGUUUAUUAGUCUUAGUGAAGUCUGCAUUGUUGACAAACUACCAUUGACUGCACAUGGGAAGGUUGAUCGGGAAGCUAUGCUAUCUUUAACUCAGAGUAAUAAUCAGGUCCUUGUCAGGCCUGCUAGAUCUGUUUUGGCAGACAGGUCUUCAUGCCAGGAUGUUGAUUCAGCAGUUAAAGGAAAUUUGUUGUUGCUAUGGAAGAAUGGUAUUCGCUUGUCUGCUUUAUGUCAAAGAACUGAUGCAGAAUUAAAGGAAUUGACUUUUCUAGCUGCCGGUGGUACAUCUGUUGCUGCAGUUGAACUGGCAGAACAGAUUAAACAGACCGUAUUUGGAUUUGAGGCUCAAGAUUUGAUUGAGAUAAUCUUACACAAUCCGUUCUCUUACUUGGAAGACUAUGUAAUGAAAAGAUUACUUCAACAAAGUUCACAAUCUCCAGAACAGGACAGUAAGGAUGAUAAGACGAUUAGUAGUGGGACGGAUGUUGAAUUUCCUCAUUUGAGUAAAGUGCCCAAGAUGUCAGUGUUACACUAUUUGAGAGACAGUCAUAAAUGUAAUGGAAUGUUCUCAGCUUACUUGCGACGAGGUAGCUGCAUUCAGCAUAUUUCGAUGGCUGUGGACAGUAGUCAGUGCUGUGAUGGCAGUGAAUAUCUUAGCAAUGAGAUUACUUGUGACAUGAGGGUCUCACAUCUUUGGAGAGUAGAUGUUGGUAAAUGUGUUGAUGCAUCACCCUUGCUAGCAUUGGGAAUCAGGAGCCUUGUGUUUAUUGGUUCCCAUUCCUAUCUGUUUACAGCCAUUGAUGUAGACACUGGUGUUGUUGUGUGGCAAACUGAACUUCCUGACAGAAUCGAAUCCUCAGCGGUAUUGUCUGCUUGUGGUGAAUAUGUUGCUGUUGGUUGCUAUGAUGGUUGUUUGUACGUUUAUCAUGCAGACUCAGGUCAAUUGUACUGGAAAUUUGUAACCGGUGAUACUGUGAAAAGUUCACCUUGUACUGACCCUUAUACUGGAUAUAUUUGGUUUGGCUCCCAUGAUCAUUAUUUGUAUGCAGUGGAUCUGGAGGGGAAAAGGUGCAUUUCAAAAUUGCAUUGUGGUGGUGGAUCAUGCUUUGCUUCUCCUGCUAUUGAUAUGAUAAUGCGCUUCCUCUAUGCUGCGACCUUAAGUGGACAUGUUGUUUGUGUUGACCUGGUCAAACAGUCAAUAGUAUGGACUUACAACUGCCCAAAAUCAUUGUUUUCAUCGCCAUGUGUUACACAAGAGCAUAACGUUUGUAUCGGGUGCGUUGAUGGGUUUAUUUACUGUUUGGGCAUGAAUGGAAAAUUGAUAUGGAAAUUUAAUACUGAAGGCCCUGUGUUUUCUACUCCAUGUGUAUUGCCAGUUUCAAAGGCCUCAAUAAGUGAGCUACUACAAAUGUGUCAAGAUUGCAAUGGAAUACAUUCAGAAACAUGUAAGGUGAUUCUGAUUGGGUCACACAGUCACAAGGGAUAUUGCUUGUGCCCACAUGGGCAACUACUGUGGUAUUGCCUUACAAAUGGUCCUAUUUAUGCAACCCCAUUUGCUUUCUCAUCAAGAAAGAAUAGUUCAAGAAGUGGCUGUACAGAACUUAAUCCAAUGUCGUGUUUUGUCAGCUCUGUUGGAACAAUAUUCAUGGUAAGAAUUGGUGAUGGAGUUAUUUUGACUCAAUAUCAGUUGCCUGGUGAAGUGUUUUCUUCACCUGUCAUAAUGGAUGGUAGCAUUCUGCUUGUUGGCUGCCGCGACAAUAAUUGUUACAGUCUUAGUAUUGCCUAGUUUUGCAGUAUCAUAUGAAUCAUCAUUUUGCACUCUAUAAGUAACCACACUACUUUACUUUAACUCAAUGACAUAAAUAUCUUUCUUUGCUUUGUGAAAGAGAAUAAUGUCUAGCUUGUUAGCCUCUAUCCUGUUGAUAGUCUGAACAGCUAGGCACAUUCCACACAAAUCGUCUGAGACUGGUGGUCUCUCGCCGGAAGGAUGUAGGCGGAGAUGGUCUGGCUA